AUGCAUGAAACAACUACUGCGCCAAUGUCUGCAGCUGCCAAGUUGCGUUCUUUGCUUGCUCGGCAUGAUAGGAUUUUGGUUUGCCCUGGGGUCUACGAUGGCUUCACUGCCAGGAUCGCCCUUCGAGCAGGGUUCGAGUGUCUCUACAUGACUGGUGCCGGAACGACAAUGUCGAGGCUCGGCAUGGCCGACCUUGGUUUGGCUACACUAAAUGACAUGAGGGAUAAUGCAGCCAUGAUCGCCUCACUCGACCCAACCGUUCCCCUGAUAGCUGAUGCGGAUACAGGCUACGGAGGACCUCUUAUGGUGGGACGUACUGUCACUCAAUAUAUGCGCGCGGGUGUUGCUGCAUUGCAUCUUGAAGAUCAGGUAGUCACGAAACGUUGCGGUCAUCUACUCAACAAACAAGUCGUAUCCUCUGAUGAGUUCCUCAGUCGCAUCCGUGCAGCCGUUUUGGCCCGCUCCGAGCAGCCUGGAGGAGAUAUUGUGAUCAUCGCCCGGACUGACGCGUUACAGUCUCUUGGCUACGAAGCGGCAAGAGAUCGUCUACGUGAGGCGCUCCAGGCUGGUGCUGAUUGCGGGUUCCUUGAAGGGGUCAGAACUGCGCAAGAGGCACGGCAAAUUGUUGUGGACCUGGCACCAUCUCCUGUCCUCUUCAAUUGUGUCUCUGGUGGAGUUUCACCUGAAUGGUCGGCAGAAGAGGCAAAGGAGCUGGGCUUCCGCGUGGUGAUUCAUCCUGGUUUUGCCCUUGGCCCAGUGUACACCGCCAUCAAAGCUGCAGCGCAUGAUUUGGUCAAGACUGGCAAAGCUUCGAAUACGGGGAACGAAAUAAGUCCCAAGCAGAUCUUCCAAGCUUGUGGCCUUGAUAAAGCUAUAGAAUUUGACGUUGCAGCUGGUGGAAAACUCUUCGCACAAGGAGUGUAG